AAUUUCUCACUCAUCAAUGGAAACCUCAACCAUAAUCUUUGCGGCCACGCUUGUAGUAGCGUUUGUGUUCCUCCGGUGGCUCAUCACCCCCAUUCCCCACGCGACCCCCCACGAGAUCGAGGAAGUCCGCCGCUCCUACAACCCGUCGUCGCAUACUUCUCAGACUUCCUUUUCCAACGGCAACUCCACUCCCACCACUCGUUCCAGACCUUCUACCCGUCAGGUCACUGACUCGAUGAUCGAAGUGGUCCAAGCCAUCGCCCCCCAAUUGACCCCCGGGCAAAUCCGCUACGAUUUGGAGUCCUCAGGCUCGGUAGAAGAUACGGUUAAUCGGUACAUGGAAACCGGAUCAUUACCAUUCCCACCAGGCGAAUCGGCCCCAGCGCCACCACCAGCCGCUACCGACGCCGAUACCUCCGCCCACAAUAUCCCACCCAGCACCGUAUCGUUCAACUUGCUAGAAAAGUAUGGUAUUGAUCCUGCUGAAGGUGAAGAAGGUUCUGCCGAUGCCGGUUGGGGCUCGAACAAACAAGAGAGAACGACGCAGUUGCAAAGAAAACGGCAGCAGAUGAUUUUGAAUGCUAGAAAGCGGUUGGCGACGCUGUUGGCCAACGACUUGGAAGAGCAUUUGUAGGGGAGAGGAUUAAAGAGUGAAGAACCUAAAGGUAGUUAGAAUCCUCGGUUUGUAUUGUGAAUAUAGUGUCCUCAAUGUCAGUAGACAGGACUGUAUGUUUCUGUAGGCGGUGCUUUCCGUGGGCAGGUGCUUUUCGUAGGCGGUGCUUUCCGUAGACGGUGCUUUAGGUGCUAGAACAGAAUUCUAGAUGCUAAGCGUGUGCUUCCUUAGUGUGUCUCCAAAUCCACCGUCUCCACGGGUGUCGGAGCCACCCGCUUCUUCUCCUUCUUUUUCGUCUGUAGUAGGUUGAUAAUCGACGGGCCGGGCGACUUGUCCGGAGUCUCCAGACUUUUUUCUGGACUCGCUGGCUCGGGUGUGUCAACCACCUUCGUUUCCACCGCGAUUCUCACCUCAGCUGGAGGCGAUGGGUGUACUAAAUCUACAACCUUCCCGAAAAUACCCUCAUCAAACCUUACUACCAGACAAAACCCAUCAGCACUGCUCACCAUGAUCCGCUGGCCAUCGCGGUCCCACGCCAAGUCGGUGAUGGUCGAGUAAUGCACGUUCAGCACCACUCCCAAGGGCUCGAGCCGCUCGGUGUCAUACACCACCACCGAGUCCUGUGUUACCACCGCAAACACCAUUUUGUAGGCAAGGUCAAACACCGCCGUGGGCGUCAGCCGCUCGUACACCAACGGCAGAAACUGUACGGCCACCGCCGGCCGCUUGAGCCCCGGCAAAUGUACCACCGGUCGGUGGAACGCAGUACGAACAGAUAUGUACACGGUAUUCGUCUCGUCAUCGGCUUCAGGCCGGUACACCCCUGCCGCCGUAGCCAAGAGGUUCCCGUCUGGAGAGAAUGCCGGACGGCGG